AUGAGGGGGGGCGGGAAAGGAGUGCGAGCGGAGGGGAGAGGGGAAGCGAGGGGGCGGAAGGCGCGCGAGGAGGCGCGCUCGCUCUCCCCGCUCUCGGCGGCUCGCGGGGCACAGACGCCGCCGUUCCGGGCCGCGCAGCUCUCGCUCUGCCGCGGGAGGUGGCGAGGCGCGGGAGGGAAGGAGGGGCGCGCCGGGGCUGUGGGGAGGGGGGACUAUUCCAUCAGCGGACGGAGGAUUGGCUGCAUCCAAAGCCAGUCCGGAUGCAAACUAGGGCCCUGGCCUGGUGGCGUGGGGUGCAAGGGGAGCGCGGCGGGGGGUUGGGGGGCGGAUAGAAAGCGGCGUGGGGAGGGCUUGGAGAGGGGCCACCGUCUGCAGUUGUCACCGCGGCAGCUCGGGGCUUUUGCCCAGACCACCCCCGCCUCCUCUUCCUGGCAACUUCUUUCUAUAGCCCCCUCUCGGAUGGAGCCCCCACCCCCAUCCCCCCCUCAACUCCUCUCUCUCACGCCUCGUCUGUCCAGCGGGGCACAAAGAAAUCUCAGUCUCUCCAUAAACUUUGUGCUUCCAGUUAAUGUCGCCCCUCCCCUAGCCCCCACCCCGCCCUUCCAGCCCUUUUGCCAGGAAGGCUUAGGCCACUGGCAGAAUCCUCUUCGAGAGCCAGCUGAUCACAAAUGCCAACUGUGUGUCUUGGGGCCGGUUAAGUCCCUCUCAUCUGCCCAGGCUCUCCGGAGACCGGUUCAUGGCUCUCAAGGUUCCCCGGAGACCGCUGCGGACACGGACCAUCCCCACCCCCACCCCCUCACUUGGCCCGCAAGGAUGAGAUGCUGAACAGCGUCCUAAAAGUGCUCUUUCUCACCUCGAGUUUUCAUUUUAAGGUUGUAAAAAUUCCGAAUUUUGAGACAGGCAGAUAUUUUUCUCACAUCAGAAAGGAGGACCACUAACUAGGUGAUUAACUCUUCUGGGAAAUGAACCGUCUCUAAUCAGAAUACUAACUUUUCGAGGAAGUCUGUGGAAGUUCUGAAGUCCCACCCUAGCCCCAUAAUAUUUCAUUCUUUUAGUUCUUCUGCCACAGGGAAGCAGCCAGCGACUAAUAAAAGAUUUGAUCUUGCCAUAAUUUCCCAAGCAGACUCGCUGAUUUCAUCUCUGCAUAACGGUUCAUUUUGAAAAGUUUCUUUUUUCAAAGACAAAUCAUUUUAAAUCACAUAGGACUUCCCUGGUGGCUCAGAUGGUAAAG